AUGGGUCGUAUGCACGCUCCCGGCAAAGUCCUCGUCUGCCUCCCCUAUCGUCGCGCACCACCAACUUGGCUCAAGACGUCGCCAGCCGAUGUCGUCGACCACAUCGGAAAGCUCGCAAGAAAGGGUCUUACUCCUCGCAAAUCGGUGUUACCCUCCGUGACUCGCACGUCGCAGGGUCUCGCACCGUCUAUCCCAGAGGACCUGUGGCAUCUCAUCAAAAAGGCAGUGGCCGUUCGCAAACAUCUCGAGGUCAACCGAAAAGACAAAGACUCCAAGUUUCGUCUGAUUCUCAUCGAGUCGCGUAUCCACCGUCUGGCGAGGUACUACAAGUCGAAGCAAAAGAUUGCCCCGACAUUCAAGUACGAGGCUGCGACGGCCAGCACGCUCGUUGCAUAA